UCAGGACCUAUAGACACCUGGACCAACCUGGAGAGAACACAGCAUUAUAUCAGGACCUAUAGACACCUGGACCAACCUGGAGAGAACACAACAUUAUAUCAGGACCUAGAGACACCUGGACCAACCUGGAACACAACAAGAUGAGGAUCCUGCUGAUAGUCAUCCUCCUCUCCUUCAUGACAGGUUGUUUGAGCUCCUUCAAAGUGACAGGAUACUCUGGAGGAACUGUCAUCAUCGACUGUGAUUAUUACACAGAAUACGGAAGUAAUGACAAAUAUUUUUGCGUGGGGCAGUAUAGUUGGAUUUGUGAGUAUCAAAUAAUAACUGGAUUGAAGAACACCUGGUUCCACAGUGGUAGAUUCUCUCUGUAUGACGUCACUGGAGGAAACUACUUCAAGGUGAUCAUCAGACAACUGACCAGACAAGAUGAAGGGACCUACUGGUGUGGAGUGGACAAACCUAUUAUACCUGACAGUUAUACCGAGGUAGAGCUGGAUGUGAAGGAGGGUGACUGCUGUGAGAAGUCAGUCACAGAGACGGCCUUUCUGGGAGGAGAAGCUACCAUCAGAUGCAACUAUCCAGAGGACCAUGAGGACAGCAUCAAGUAUUUCUGCAAGGAAAGCAAUGACUUCAAGACUUGUGUUAAUAUGACCUCUGCUCACCAGACAACUGCAGAAGCUGGUCGUUUCUCUGUGUCUGACAACAGCAGAGAGAGAUUCUCCACAGUGACCAUCAGGAACCUGACUGAAGAUGAUACUGGGACCUACUGGUGUGGAGUAGCAACCAGCAGGACAGAACAACGUUACAUUACACUGAUCACACAGGUGAAGCUGGAUGUUAUAAUGAAACCAACCAACACCACAACAACAACAACAACAACAACAACAACAACAACAACAACAACAGCACCACCAGAACCACCCACAACCACCUUCAUCUCACUGUCAUCAUCAUCAUCAUCAUCGCCAUCAUCACCAUCAUCAAUCAAUCAAUCAAUUUUAUUUUAUAUAGCCCUUCAGUGAUCAUCACUCAACGGAUCUGGUACCUCAGUGGUCAUCAUGGUGUCUGUUAGUCUGGUAGUGUUACUGCUGGUGAUCAGCCUGAUCAUAGUCUACAGAUGGAAAUACAACAAGGUCACAGGAUCUGUCUCUUCAACACACAGAGUGAGCCCAGACACAGGGAACAAGGAAGGGGGUUGUCAUGGUGACGGUGACUAUGAGGAGAUAAAGGAGCGCCCCCUACAGUCAGACUCCACCGUCAACUUACCCACAAGCCACUCUGAUUCUCCCCACUACGCCAGCGUCAACUUUCACAAGAACCCCAGCGUUCCCAACAAAGCCACAGUCACCAUCACUAAAGAGGGCACUUCAUCAUGUGACUAUGCUACUGUGAACUUUGGUCAAAGCCCUGCCUACUCUACUGUCAAUCAUCCACACAGCUCCUCUGAGGCUCCUCCCAUCUAUUCCACAGUCAGCAAACCCAGAGACACCUGAGUCACUGGCAACCAAUCACAAGAGACAUACAUACACUGGCAACUAAUCACAAGAGACAUACAUACACUGGCAACCAAUCACAAGAGACAUACAGACACUUAAAAACCCAGGCCUUUUCUCAGUUAGAUUUGCUCUACUUCUGCGUCCUUUCUCCUCCGUCCUCUCUCCUUUCUCUUUUCUCCUCCGUCCUCUCUCCUUUCUCUUUUCUCCACCGUCCUCUCUCCUUUCUCUUUUCUCCUCCGUCCUCUCUCCUUUCUCUCUUCUCCUCCGUCCUCUCUCCUUUCUCUUUUCUCCGCCGUCCUCUCUCCUCCGUCCUCUCUCCUUUCUCUUUUCUCCUCCGUCCUCUCUCCUUUCUCUUUUCUCCUCCGUCCUCUCUCCUCCGUCCUCUCUCCUUUCUCUUUUCUCCGCUGUCCUCUCUCCUUUCUCUUUUCUCCGCCGUCCUCUCUCCUUUCUCUUUUCUCCGCCGUCCUCUCUCCUUUCUCUUUUCUCCUCCGUCCUCUCUCCUUUCUCUUUUCUCCUCCGUCCUCCGUCCUCUUUCCUUUCUCUUUUCUCCGCCGUCCUCUCUCCUUUCUCUUUUCUCCGCCGUCCUCUCUCCUUUCUCCUCUCUCCUUCGUCCUCUCUCCUCUAUCUUCUCACCGCUGUCCUCUCUCCUCCGUCCUCUUUCGCCUCCUUUUUAAAAAUGGCAAAGGAGAGGACAGGUUGCUGGGAGAGUGGACUUGGACGAUUUUUAUACCUUUAUUUAACUAGGCAAGUCAGUUAAGAACAAAUUCUUACUUUCAAUGACAGUCUAGGAACAGUGGGUUAACUGCCUUGUUCAGGGGCAGAACGACAGAUUUGUACCUUGUCAGCUCGGGGAUUCGAUCUUGCAACCUUCCGAUUACUAGUCCAACGCUCUAACCACUAGGCUACCUGCCGCCCGAAAUGUGCUUGUAUGAAAUGAAAAGCUCCUUUUCUACUCUCCCAUCAGGCAAAUUACAUUUCAAAUGACCUUUAACUGAUGGGUGGAUCCCAAAGUAAAUGUGUAAAGUGAUUAAAACAAAUGAAGCUAGUUGUACAAGACAUUUUAUAGAUUAAAGGAUUAGUAGCAUAUUGUUUUUAAAUGUGUUCAUGUUUUCUCCUCUGACAAUACAACAGCUGAUUAAGACGGGGGGUGUCAGAUAUCAAAACUUCUCUGUACCAGGAAACUCUUGUCUUUAUUCACCAAAAAGAGAAAGGGAGGACCAUCUUCUCUUUGCCUACUAACAAAUUGACACCUUCCUCUGCCACUUAUCAGUUUCGGAUGAGAGAGGAAAGAGGAGAGAGGACGGA